CCGCGCGCUCGCUGCCACCCCCACCCCCGGAUGGAGCCUGCGUGCAGGACGCGCGCCCGCGGGCAGGGCCGCCAGGGCCCCGGGGCGUCCGCCCUUCCGCUGCUGCUGCUGCUGCUGCUGCUGCUGCCACCGCUGCCGCCGAGGCCCGCGGGCUGCGUGGCUGGCCCGGCGCCAGGGACACCGCCCGAGCCCGCUUCCGACGACCCUGGCGUCCCCUGUGACCCCGGGGCCACCUGCCCCUCAGGCGGGCCUCGCCUCCCCCGCCAGGCCCCCACCGACCCGGACCCGCCGCAGCCCUCGACCUCCCGGGCCUCGCCGGCCUCGCCGACCUCCCCGGCCUCCCCGACCUCCCCGGCCUCGCCGGCCUCGCCGGCCUCCCCGGCCUCCCCGGCCUCCCCGGCCUCCCCGGCCUCCCCGGCCCCGACCGCGACUGUUACUGAAGAGGUAUUCCCCACCUGUGGCUCCUCCCAGGAGCAGGACCCCACCCUCAGGGACCCGGAGUCCAUGGCUCGGCGGUGGCCAUGGAUGGUCAGUGUGCAGGCCAAUGGCACACAUAUCUGCGCAGGGACCCUCAUUGCCUCCCAGUGGGUGCUGACUGUGGCCCACUGCCUGAUCCAGCAUGAUUUUACCUAUUCAGUGCGGGUGGGGAGUCCAAGGAUUGAUGAGGUGUCUCAGACGACAUCUGACAUCCCGGUAUACCAGGUCAUCUUAAACAAAGAGUACCGGUCCCGUCAGUACUGGUCCUGGGUGGGCCGGGCCAACGACAUUGGCCUCCUCAAGCUCGCAUGGGCAGUCACGUACAACAAGUACGUCUGGCCCAUCUGCCUGCCUGGCUUGGACUUUGAGGUGAAGGACGGCUCCUUCUGCACUGUGACAGGCUGGGGACUCCCCAGGGUUAACGGCAUAUGGCCCCAGUUCCAGACCAUUCAGGAGAAGGGGGUCACCAUCCUGAACAGCAAGGCGUGUGACAAGAUAUACCACAAGAUCUCCAAAGUCCCCAAAAUGGUUCGGAUCGUGGACUCCAAGAUGGUCUGUGCAGAGGACUUUGACAGGGAGCAGUUUUGCUACGAGAUAAGUGGUGAGCCCUUGGCCUGUUCUGUGGACACCAUGUGGUACCUGGUGGGCCUGGUGAGCUGGGGCCCUGGCUGCUCGAAGAGUGAGGCCCCACCCAUCUACCUGCAGGUCACCUCCUACCAGCGCUGGAUCUGGGAACGUGUCAGUGGGCAGGACCUUCCCGCCCCAUCCAGGGCCCUGCUCCUGGUGCUAUCACUGCCCCUUGGCCUGCUCUCGGCCCUCUGACACCCUCAUGGUGUCCCUGGGGUUGCUGUCCUCACCCUCUGUGCUCAGGAUCCUGCAGGUGUUGCUCCCCUGGCCCCACAGGGCAGGGCAGAUGUGAAGUGCUUCAUUAAACGCUUCUCUUCCCCA